AUGGUAAAAGCGAGACAGAUCGUCGGCAUACUGGACGACGAACAAGACACCAACUACGACCUUGAUGCUGAUCCAUCCUGUCCUGAAACCACUUUGCCUACCCCUGACGUUGUUGCCUACCGUGUCCAGACCCGUCAAUCUCCUUAUAUGGAUGUCUUUCAUGGUCACCGUGUUGUACGUAUCACCAUUGACAGCGGAGCCACUGGAAAUAUGAUCCGUCACUCCACCGCGAAACAUCUUGGAUGUCCAAUUAUAUCAUGUGCUCAGUCCGUCCAGCGGGCAGAUGGCUCUUCUCAGCUUCAGGUGGUCGGAGAGAUGCGGACUUCCUUCACCCGCGACAACACCGACUUUACAUUCGAGGGACUUGUCGUCGAGGAUCUUGACGUCGAAGUGCUUGCCGGGACCCCUUUUAUGGAGGAAAACGACGUUGCCGUGCGGCCUGCCAAGAGAGAGGUGCUACUUGGCAAUGGCUCCACCUACACAUACGGUUCCCAGGCCCCUCCCAGCCCUCCCACAACCGUCCGCAGAGCCUUUGUUCUCCGUGCUCCUACCCCCUCCAAGACUGUUUGGCCCGGAGAAUUCUUGGAAGUACAGCUCCCCGACGAUGCCCCCCCUGAUUCAGAGUAUGCACUUGAACGCCGCACUGAUGCACCUAGUUUACGUAAUCUCAAGCCCUCUCAGCUGUGGCCGCAACCAGGUGUCGUUUCCAGUGUUGUGCGGGCAAUCCGCAUACCAAACCUGUCAACCGAACCUCGAACGCUUAAGCGUCACGAACACUUCUGCCAGGUCACCCCCGUCUUCGAACAAACAGAGGAGU